CUCCAGAGGCUUGGAAGAGACACUUCAGGGUGGAGAAUCAGGAGAAGCGUCUCUCACCAGUCCAGAAUCCUAAGCUCUGCCUGUCAACCAUUUCCCUGUGAGGAGACUCUGGUCCAAUAGAAAAACCCGUCUGUGCCUUUGCCCCAUGAGGGAAAAUGGCAGUGGAACAAGGCGACGUUUCGGCACUGAGGGUCAAGUUAAAGGCGGCUUGGGGGAAUGGAAUGAAGGUGGAAGAGCUGGAGGCAGGAGGCCCAGAAGCCGAGAACGGCCGCCUUGCUGUCGAGGCAGGCAACACUAGAGGAUUCUGGGAAAGGACCAUUCCACUACAGGUUAAACAGGAACCAAACGAGGAGCGUCAACAGUGUUGGGAAACCCAGCUUCAAGGGUUUGUGAGAGCGCUGGAGUCUCCCCAUUUACACCGGGGUGAGUCUCAGCUGCCGCAAGCCACACACGGGGGCCACAGCGCUCCUGUCCUGUCCCUUUUCGGGGACGCAGCUGACCUCACGCAGCUGCCCGGAGCAGAAAGGAUGACCCCGCCGCCGCCAGGCCUCUGUACGGAAUCUCACAUGACUUCAUUAGCCAAAGACUGGGCAGGCUGUGGGGAAGUGAAGGAAGAGGAGCCCCCAGACGGGGAGACCUUUGUUACGGAUCUCCAACGCCGGCGCUUCCGGCGUUUCUCCUACCGGGAAGCGGAGGGGCCGGGAGACGUUUGCCGGAGGCUCCGGGAGCUUUGCCACCGGUGGCUGAUGCCCGAAAGACGCACCAAAGAGCAGAUCGUGGAACUGGUGGUCCUGGAGCAGUUCCUGGCUGUCCUGCCGGGGGAAAUUCAGAGCAGGAUCAGGGCAUGGGAGCUGGAGACCUGCUCCCAGGCAGUAACCUUGGCAGAACGUUUCUUGCAACAGGAAGAGAAGGGAGAAGAGCAGGUGAAAGCCUUGGAGCAUUGGUUUCUUGUUCAGGAACAUGGAGUGAUGUAG